UCCACUUCUGUGUUCAAGGUUUAGACAAACAUUUUAUAAAGUCGCUUCGAAAUUAUUAAGCUAAGUCUAGUGUUAGCAAAGCGAAAUGGAAUUUCGCAUGUUCCCUAGUGUAUUCAAAUUCUUUGUUGUUUUGUUGCUCCUGAAUAUUGCCAGAGCCUAUCAGGAAUGUAUUUCUGAGCAUAACGUUUUCCCUCAUGAAACCGAUGUCACAAAGUACUACAAAUGUAACAAGCAACACAAAAAAAUCCAGAUGCAAUGUCCGCACACCAUGCAGUUCAAUCCGUCCGUUGGAAUGUGCCAGAAUUUCAUCAAACAGGACCAGUUCAUGAACGUCCCGAGUUCACAACAGAGACCGCCAUUUUAUCCCGACGCACCCUUCCAUACCCAUCAGCCACAGUCAAGCCCUUCCACUGCUGCCAACAUUAACAAACCCGGCACUCCGGGAAAACAUAAUCACGGAAUUCAAUACGCUGCGUAUCCAGAUUCUCCAUAUCACACCGAAAACUAUUUACGAACAAACCCCUAUUAUUUCACUGGUACUCAUUACCCUUCCAAACCGUUCUAUUAUAAACCGUCACAUAUUGGAUCUGGAUACCUCCAACCCUACCAUCCGCACCAUCACACCAUUGACUAUGGAGAUAGCUAUGGGCAAAACUAUCAGUACGAUAAACCCUACGAUCAGGGACCGUCCUAUCUUUAUCCCAGCUACGGAUCUCGCUCAUUCACUUAUAAACCAUUCCGUCACGGAAAUAAGUCCAAAUUCAACAGCAACCACAGUCACCAUGGAAACAAACCUCAUCAUUAUGGUCAACCAAGAUAAACAUACUUGCAAAUUAAAAGAAUUUCAUUUAAAAUAAUCUGUGUUAACAAUUUUAUGUAAA